AUGUCAUUUAGUAGUUUUUUCUCAGGUGAUAAUCCUUAGAAAGUUAGAAAUGAACGGAACCCAGUAUAAUCAAGCUUAAAUUCAAGAUAAAAGAGCGUUUUGGACAAAUUAUUUGGCAAUGGAAAUGAAAAGAAACACUUUUAUGAGAGGCUGUAGAAACCUUUCAAAUAAACAUUUAUUGCCUCAAACCAAUUUGAUCAGUACAAUAAAAAUAAUCUAAUCAUGAAUCUAAAGGACAAGAAAUCUGGAUUUAAAAUUGUGCCUCAAGUUACGUAGCUUUUCGAUAAUUAACCUUUAAAGUUGAAAUUUCUAUUCUAGAAAAAGCAUUCAUCUUUGACAUAAAAAACACUGAGUAUGAAAUCUAUUUUAAAGAUAGAUGACCCAUAAGACAUUGCACUUUAGAACUACAACUAUUUCAAUUAUUACCUGGAUGUGGAUAACCCAAACUUAAGUUUCAACAGAAUAUUCAUAUCAAAUUAGUUUAAUAUACUUCCUGAUCAUGAUCGAUUUUAUGCAGAAUUCUUAUAGACAAUAGCUUUCCAGCAGAAUAAUAUGAAUUUCGGGGCAAGAAUCAAUUAUCUUAGAGAUAAGUAUGUUCAUCUGUUUGCUUAUAAAGAAGCAGCUAAGUAUAGAUUAUUAUUUGACUUAAAUCCAGCAGAGAUCAAAGUGCAAGCAAGAUGUUUGUAUAUGAAUCUUCAUUAUGAAUUGUUGGGGAUUAAUGCGAAUUGUGAUUUUAAAAAUUCUAGAUAUGAAGUAGAUUUGCUCCAUUCCCACCCUCUUACAAAUAAAGAACUUACUAAUUUUUAUGCACUUUAUUAUACUGAUUUGAACAUUGUGGUCUAUUAUGUGAAUUUAGCAAUUCAGGGUGCAUUUUCUAUUCCAAUUGCAUACCUAAUGGUAAAAAAAAUAAGUUUAGAAACUUCAUAGCAGUGCUUAUUAGAGUAGUUUCUAUUGCUGGAGAAAGAAAAGGAACUUACUGGUUAUUUCAGUCUAUGCACUGCAAAGCAACCUCUAAAAUUGAAUAAGCUUAUUUUAACCUUUGCUACUUUGCCUCUUGGAAUUAUGCUGAGCAUACUUCUCCAAUCAGUUAUCUAUACCAGAGAUGAUGGCUUUUUCUAUAAUGAGGAUUAAGUAAAGUAUAAGACCCUUGCGUAUUUCCUAGUAGCAUUUAGUGAGUAAAUUGAGAAUGAUAAGAAAUCUAUAAGUAUAAAGAAAUUCUUCAAGCUUAAAGUGAAUUACGGCAUUAUGUUUAGUUUUGGUUUACUAACUGCAGUCUUUUAUUUCUAGCUUUAGAAAUGGCCUCACAUAACUAACUAGUUUAAUUUUACCCCAUUAUCCUAAACUAUUUAUAACAUUUUGCGCUUUGUUCGAAGUUAUAUGUAAGUAAAAUUAUCAUAUCUUUAUCAAUAAAUAAAAGCUGUGGGUGUAAUGUUAGGAACACUAUCAAAGGCAAAUGUUGGUCUUACUACAUUCUUGGCUUUCAUGAUUGGAUUUUUCUUAGCUGCUUUAUUAAUAACCAUAUAUAUGCAGUGUUAGCAUUUAAUUGAAAAAGAAAAUAUCAAUUGCUUCUUGAUUUAUGGUGGAAAUAUGGCUGUUGGAGGAAUCCUAAGUAUGGUGAUUACGAUUGUCGGAGAUAAGAUUCAUUACAUGAAUAGGGAUAUUAAGACUUGGAUUUAUUUUGCUGAGGGUUUGAUUAUAUUACUUGUUUCCAUUGCAUUUUUUAUUAUGAUGUGUCUCACAAGAGCAAUGUGA